AUGAAUCUAAUAUGCCCAGCAGGCCCUUAUCUCCUGCUCAUCCUGCUCAUCCUGCUCAUCCUGCUCAUCCUGCUCAUCCUGCUCAUCCUGCUCAUCCUGCUCAUCCUGCUCACCCUACCACCAGACAAGAGAAUCAUGCCCUCUCUAACUUCCCCCGUCGAGAGCGAUGUCCCUACCCAAGCUGAUCCACCAACAGCAACGCAGCUCUACAACGACAACCGAAAGCUUCCCCAAGAUCUUCCACAUCUAACCGACGUCCCCGAUCGCCUCCUCGGCCUCUCCAACUACGACACCUGGUCCUUCCUGAUCGAAACCGCGCUCGAAAGCGCCGACAUCCCCCAGCUCAUCCAGCCCUCCAUCGCACACCCACCCCCUUCAGACCCCUCCUACCCCCUCUGGCGACGCACCUCCCUCCUCGUCAAAAACUGGCUCGUCCGCCAGCUCGAACCCAGAUUCCUCUCCCGCGUCAUCCGCUUCACCAUCAUCCACACCAACACCACCAACCCCCAGCCCCAGCCCCAAACCCCCACCUCCACAACCACCUCCGCGCCCCUCUUCGCCGACACCAUGUACACCAUCAUCCGACGCGUCGCGCUCGACCAAACGCCCGGCCUCCAAGCCCUCCGCUGCGAAAUCACCUACCUAAACUGCAUCUUCCUGGACCGGGAGCAGUUCGCGUCCGCACGCGACUUCAUCGCCGCGUUCCGCGACGCCGUGCACCUGACGAACCGGCUACAUUGCACCGUGACGGCGUACUGCGCGGCAUUGCUGCUCCUGCGUGCCCUGCGUCCGGACCUGCAGGGUCUGGUGGACGUCCAGAUCGAGGAGUUUGAUCGCGAGGAUGCGCCGAGGGGGUACUCGUUUGGGCGGUUUGAUUCGUUGUGUGAUUUUUUGUCCUUGAGGUUGUUGGUUGAGGGCGGGGAGGGGAUUCCGGUUGAUACGGUGGGGGUUGAUGAUCUUGAUGAUCUUGAGGGGGAGGGGGAUGGGGGUGGGGAUACGGAGAGGGAUGAGGAUGGGGAUGGGGAUGAGUGA